AUGAAUGCCAAUGAGACGAAAGGACUUUGCAUCGCCCUUCUCUUUGUGGACACCCUAAUCUUCGGAUGGCCCCCUUAUUUACUGGUCCGGGGCGGGAAUCAAAGCAGCAGAAGCAUUCGCAUCAGGACUGCAGUUAUUUCUUAUCUGACUUGUUUCGCUGGCGGGGUUUUCUUCGGGGCAUGUCUGCUCCAUCUCUUGGCUGAGGGAAGAGAGUCUAUGGAAGAGUAUUUUAAGUCGGUAAGGCAGGACCUUGAUUUCCCCGUUUACGAAUGUGUCCUAGCUGGAGGCUUCUUUGCCAUUGCCUUCGUGGAGCAGAUAGCCCACAACCUCCUACACAAGAGAACCUCUAAUGAUGGGGCUCCAGGGAAAGCUGCCAUCCAAGCUAUGGAGGUCAACCCACUGAGGGCGUUUCUGCUUCUGGGUGCCUUGUCUUUCCACACAGUCUUCGAUGGCUUGGCCGUGGGGUUGGAGGAGAGCGGCACUGGCGUUUGGGAGAUGUUUACAGCCAUUUGCAUCCACAAAUCCUUGGUGGCCGUGUGUUUAGGGCUGCAGCUAUUUUUAGCGUUCAAAGCGCGACCACUCAUGGGAUUCAUCUGGGUGUUUGUCUUCUCGUUGAUCUCCCCUCUUGGAGUCGGUCUAGGAAUGAUUCUUACAUCCGGGGACAUUGACGAAAACGCCGAAAAUUUAUCCAGCUGGAUUCUCCAGGCCAUGGCGACGGGGACGUUUUUAUACGUCACUGUCUUCGAGAUCCUUCGAGAGGAAUUUACCGAAAGGGGUUCUAUACUGAAAAUUUUCGUGGCUAUCCUUGGCUUCGGUGGAAUGGCACUGGCCAAAUACUUCGACAAGGAUUAA